UUUAAUUCAGUUUAAAUAAGAGUUAAUAAACGGACACAGCUGUUAAACAUUAUUCUAUUAUAUCUACUAUUUUUUUUAUUUGUUUUUAUUUAUUUUUGUUGUUCGAAAUAGUUAAUAAAAAUGGUAAUUGUAAAAAAAUUUAUUUUAGAAAAACCAUUUAGUGGUGAACCAACGGAGGACAAUUUUAAACUAGUAGAAGAAGAGCUGGAUGAAUUAAAUAAAGGAGAAAUUUUAGUUGAAGCAAUUUGGCUUAGUGUCGAUCCAUACAUCAGACCUUAUUCAAAUCAUGUGUCUCCUGGAACAACUGUUAUGGGUACUCAAAUAGCCAAAAUUAUCAAAUCAAAUAAUCAAGAUUACAAAGUUGGCCAAUUAGUAUUCUGUUCUACUGGCUGGAGGACACAUAGUAUCAUUAAUCCCAGUACAUUAGAGAAGGACGGUAUGCCGUCAUUUUAUAUACUCCCUGAUUUUGGAAAUUUAUCUUCUUCGCUUGGUCUUGGAGUACUUGGAAUGCCAGGCAAUACAGCCUUAUUUGGAUUUUUAAAUAUUUGCGAUCCAAAACCAGGGGAAACUGUUGUCAUAAGUGCUGCAGCUGGAGCUGUGGGUAUGCACGUGGCACAGAUUGCCAAGAAUAUAGGAUGCUAUGUAAUUGGUUUUGCGGGUUCUGACCAUAAGGUUAAAUGGCUGAAAGAAGUUCUUAAAUUUGAUGCAGCGUUUAAUUAUAAAACAAAAGAUGUCAAUGCAGCUCUUCUCGAGGCUGCUCCACAUGGUGUAGACUGUUACUUUGACAAUGUUGGAGGCGAUUUCAGUAGUGCAGUUAUCUAUAGAAUGAAAAGUUUUGGUCGUGUUGCGGUAUGCGGUUCAAUUUCAUCAUAUAAUACUAAUCCAAAAAAUUUACCAAAAGUAUCAAUGUUGCAACCAGCCAUAGUUUUUAAGCAGCUAAAAAUUGAAGGUUUUAUUGUUAGUAGAUGGGCAGAUAAAUGGCAAAGUGGUAUUGAACGUAAUUUAAAUCUUAUAAAAGAAGGCAAACUUAUUUACCCAGAGUACGUCGUUCAAGGAUUUGAAAGUUUACCACAAGCUUUUAUUGGUAUGCUGAAUGGAGAAAACAUAGGAAAAGCUUUGGUCAAAGUUUAAACUAUAAGAAAUAUUAUUACAAAUAAAUUGUUUUCAGUUUUUA